CACACCAAAUCCCUCCGUACGCGGCACCGUACGCGCACCACAGAAACUACCAAGGCCGCUCCGGCCGCCACCCGUGGUCCGCUUAUGGAGAGUCCUCACGGCGCCUCCCCGGGAGAAGGCGGCGCCCUCUCGCCGUCGCCGGAGGCGGUGGGGAUGCUGCACGAGAUGGCGCUCCGGGACAGCCAGCAGGGGGAGGAGCCCGAUCUGCCCGACGAGCAGCUGCGCUCCAACGACCAGCUCCAGAAAGACGAGAUGCUGGCAGUGGAGGCAAUUUAUGGAGACAAUUUAAACAUUCUUGGUGAAAAUUCUGUACCACGGUAUUUCCAGAUCUAUGUAUAUUGCGAAAUUCCAGAUGGUAUCAGUGUGUCCGCGGAACUCCGAGGUGUUGAUGAUUACCCAACCAAAUUCAGUGUCGAGCACUUGGCUCCAAUAUCGCUGACAUGCCUUAUGCCUCCAUCUUACCCAAGCCAUCAUUCUCCAUACUUUACCCUCGCAGUACAAUGGUUGGAUAGUGUGAAGAUUUCCUCCCUAUGUGACAUGCUCGAAUCGCUCUGGGCGCAGCAACCUGGACAGGAAGUUGUUUUUGAGUGGGUCCAAUGGCUGCAGAGCUCUACGCUCUCUCAUCUUGGUUUUGAUGACGGAAUAGUAAUAAGGGAUUCUGAUAGUACGAUGGAUCAUGUGGAUGUUCGCGUUGUUGGAGGGAUUCUGUCUGUAGAGGAUGUUGUUCAACAGUUGAUCAGCUACAAUGAAGAGCAAUGCCAAGAAUCGUUUCUUCAGGGCUUUCAUGUUUGCAUGAUCUGUUUCAGUGAGUACAAAGGCAUCGACUUCAUAAAACUUCCAUGCCGUCAUUACUUUUGCCGGAAUUGCAUGGAGACAUACUCACGGAUGCAUGUGAAAGAAGGAUCAGUCAUGAAAAUUGUGUGCCCUGACAACAAAUGCGGAGGUUUUGUUCCUCCUAAUCUACUAAAGAGGUUGCUCGGAGAGUCAGAUUUUGAAAGGUGGGAAAGACUGAUACUUGAAAGGACUCUAGGCGCAAUGGCUGAUGUAGCCUACUGUCCAAGAUGUCAGACAGCUUGCCUGGAAAAUGAGGACAACGCCCAGUGCCCCAAGUGCCUCUUCAGCUUCUGCACCCGCUGCAGAGAUCGUCGUCACAUAGGGGAGAAAUGCCUUACUCCAGAAGAAAAACUUCUCUCCUUGCAGGAACGUGAAAAGGUACGCCACUUAAACAAAGGCGGUACUGGACCUAGUAAAUUGGUGGAUGAAUUAUCUAGUAUCAAGGAAAUACUUCGUUCUUGUGUUCCAUGUCCGCAUUGUGGUACUGGCAUCACACGUGUGUCAGGCUGCAACCAUAUGCUUUGUAAGAACUGUGGUAAGUUGUUCUGCUAUGGCUGUGGCAAGCCACUAACUCCUGCUCAUACAAGUGAACAAUGCAGAAUCGAUUAUGAGAAGCGGACAGCAAAGGUGGAUUUGGUUGACGCUGUCAAAGAGCUAUAGAAAAAACUGAAAGUGGGUGGAUACAAACCGCAUCCAUGCCCGAAUUGCCACCUGAUAACUUACAAGCUGGGAAACAACAACCAUGUCUUCUGCGAGGGAUGCCAGGUUCAUCAUUGUGCUCUGUGCCGGAAGGUGGUGCGGAAGAGCUCGGAGCACUAUGGCCCUCGAGGGUGCAAGCAGCACACUGUCGAGCCCGAGGUUGCUCGGGCUAGACCAAAGAAGAAUGAUGACUCUCAAUCAGAAUCCUUGUGAGGGUUUAUCAUAGGGCGAGCAUUGGUUUUGGCUACAGGGAGGCCAUUCCUCAUUUAGAAGAACAGGUUUAUUCCCUACAAGUAUAUAUACAGUUUCAAUUUUAAAAUAGCAAUAGUUGCGCCGACAGUUUCAAUUUUACCGAGCAUGUCAUCGAUGAUUAGUGAAUCUCUGAACCCUGAUAAUCAUUCUAUUUUUAUGUUAAGCAACAUCAGUUCCGUAAAAGGCCUUCGUAACUGCAAAGUUUGCUGGAUUCAGUAUACCAUAAUG